CGGGGCGGCGGCGGGGCGCGGGGCGGCGGAGGGGGAGGUGCCCCGACUCCCGCCAUGAACCUCGAGAGGCUGCGAAAGCGCGUCCGGCAGUACCUGGACCAGCAACAGUAUCAGAGUGCUCUGUUUUGGGCGGAUAAAGUAGCUUCCCUCUCUCAUGAGGAGCCCCAGGACGUGUAUUGGCUGGCUCAGUGCCUCUACCUGACCGCGCAGUAUCACAGGGCAGCCCAUGCACUCCGGUCCCGGAAACUGGACAAACUCUAUGAAGCAUGCCGUUACCUCGCAGCUAGAUGCCAUUAUGCUGCGAAGGAGUACCAGCAGGCACUGGACAUUCUUGACAUGGAGGAGCCGAUAAAUAAAAGAUUAUUUGAAAAAUACUUGAAGGAUGAAAGUGGCUUGAAAGACUCCUCCAGUGACUGGGAGAUGUCACCUUCCUCGAUAAAGAGCUCCAUCUGUCUGUUACGUGGGAAGAUCUAUGAUGCCCUGGAUAACCGAACCCUGGCCACCUACAGCUACAAGGAAGCUCUGAAGCUCGACGUGUACUGCUUUGAAGCAUUUGAUCUCUUGACAUCACACCACAUGUUAACAGCUCAGGAAGAAAAAGAACUUCUUGACUCACUACCUCUUAACAAGCUUUGUACCGAAGAACAGGAACUGUUACGUUUUCUGUUUGAGAAUAAAUUGAAAAAGUAUAAUAAACCUGGUGAAACUAUCGUUCCGGAAUCUGUAGGCGGCCUGCAGGAAAACCUGGAUGUGGUGGUGUCUUUAGCUGAGCGGCAUUAUUACAACUGUGAUUUUAAAAUGUGCUAUAAGCUCACUUCUGUAGUAAUGGAAAAAGACCCUUUCCAUGCCAAUUGUCUGCCUGUACACAUAGGGACACUUGUGGAGCUGAAUAAGGCAAACGAGCUUUUCUAUCUUUCUCAUAAGCUGGUGGAUUUAUAUCCUGGUAAUCCUGUAUCUUGGUUUGCGGUGGGAUGUUAUUACCUCAUGGUUGGUCAUAAAAAUGAACAUGCCAGAAGAUAUCUCAGCAAAGCCACGACGCUAGAGAAGACCUACGGGCCUGCGUGGAUCGCUUACGGGCACUCGUUUGCUGUGGAGAGCGAGCACGACCAGGCGAUGGCCGCCUACUUCACGGCAGCACAGCUUAUGAAAGGGUGUCAUUUGCCAAUGCUGUAUAUCGGACUAGAAUAUGGUUUGACCAAUAACUCAAAACUGGCUGAAAGGUUCUUUGGUCAAGCCCUGAGCAUCGCUCCAGAAGACCCCUUUGUUAUGCACGAGGUUGGAGUGGUUGCAUUUCAGAACGGAGAGUGGAAAACAGCAGAAAAAUGGUUUCUUGAUGCUUUGGAAAAAAUUAAAGCAAUUGGGAAUGAGGUCACAGUUGACAAAUGGGAACCUUUGCUGAACAACUUGGGUCAUGUCUGCAGGAAACUGAAGAAGUACGCAGAAGCUCUGGAUUACCACCGGCAGGCCUUGGUGCUGAUCCCUCAGAAUGCCUCCACUUACUCCGCCAUCGGAUACAUCCACAGUCUGAUGGGCAACUUUGAAAAUGCUGUGGACUAUUUCCACACGGCUCUCGGUCUUAGGCGAGAUGACACAUUUUCUGUUACUAUGCUUGGUCAUUGCAUUGAGAUGUACAUUGGUGACUCUGAAGCUUAUAUCGGAGCAGACAUUAAAGACAAACUAAAAUGUUACGACUUUGAUGUGCAUACACUGAAGACACUAAAAAACAUUAUUUCACCUCCAUGGGAUUUCCGGGAAUUUGAAGUAGAAAAGCAGGCUGCAGAAGACACGGGGCUUGCUCCACCGGAUUCCUCAAGAAAGACUCCAGAUUCCAGGCCUUCCUUGGAAGAGACCUUUGAGAUUGAGAUGAAUGAGAGUGACAUGAUGUUGGAGACAUCCAUGUCAGACCACAGUGCGUGACUGUGGCCGUGGUCCUGUACUUGAGUGUGUUAGCAUAGGUCAGUAACCCUCCUGUCCUCGCCGAGUCCCACACGGCCCACCUCCUCACACCAGCCCACUUUGCCUCUCCGUUCAGGGCCAGAGGCCUGUCUGGAGACUGGAGAGCAGCUCUGCCGUCGAAGCUUUCUGACGCUGAACCUACACAGUAGUUGUAUGUAUGUAGUGGGAUAAAGAAGGUAA